GGGUCUACGGGUCCGGGUGACUGCGGCGGGUACGCUGGUGUGUCUUUGCCCUUGAAAGCUUUCCUUGCUGUUUGUCUGACCAUGGCUGUGUUGGCUGCAAUUCUGCACUGCAGCGUCCGUGGGCGCAGCCCUCUGCUUCGGAGGCUGAUGCAGGAAAUAAGAUACAUGGAGCGAAGUUAUGUAUCAAAACCAACUUUGAACGAAGUGGUUAUAGUAAGUGCUACAAGAACACCCAUUGGAUCCUUCCUCAGCAGCCUUUCCUCACUGCCAGCCACUAAACUUGGUUCCAUUGCAAUUCAGGGAGCCAUCGAAAAGGCAGGAAUUCCAAAAGAAGUAGUGAAAGAAGCAUACAUGGGUAAUGUUCUACAAGGAGGUGAAGGACAGGCCCCUACGAGGCAAGCAGUAUUGGGUGCAGGUCUACCUGUAUCUACUCCAUGCACCACUGUAAACAAGGUUUGUGCUUCAGGAAUGAAAGCCAUCAUGAUGGCCUCUCAAAAUCUCAUGUGUGGACAUCAGGAUGUGAUGGUGGCAGGUGGGAUGGAGAGCAUGUCCAAUGUUCCGUAUGUAAUGAACAGAGGAGCAACACCAUAUGGUGGGGUAAAGCUUGAAGAUUUGAUAGUAAAAGAUGGACUGACUGAUGUCUACAAUAAAAUUCAUAUGGGUAACUGUGCUGAGAAUACUGCAAAGAAGCUGAAUAUUGCACGUGAUGAACAGGAUACUUAUGCUAUUAACUCUUAUACCAGAAGUAAAGCUGCAUGGGAAGCUGGAAAAUUUGGAAAUGAAGUUAUUCCUGUCACAAUUACAGUAAAAGGUAAACCAGAUGUAGUUGUGAAAGAAGAUGAAGAAUAUAAACGUGUGGAUUUUAGUAAAGUUCCAAAGCUGAAGACAGUUUUCCAAAAAGAAAAUGGUACAGUAACAGCUGCCAAUGCCAGCACACUGAAUGACGGAGCAGCUGCUGUGGUUCUGAUGACUGCAGAUGCAGCCCAGAGGCUCAAUGUGAAACCACUGGCAAGAAUAGCAGCAUUUGCUGAUGCUGCUGUAGACCCUAUUGAUUUUCCAGUUGCACCUGCAUAUGCCGUUCCUAAGGUUCUUAAAGAUGCAGGAUUGAAAAAAGAAGACAUCACAAUGUGGGAAGUAAAUGAAGCCUUUAGUCUGGUUGUACUAGCAAACAUUAAAAUGCUGGAGAUUGAUCCCCAAAAAGUGAAUAUCAAUGGAGGUGCUGUUUCUCUGGGACAUCCUAUUGGGAUGUCUGGAGCCAGGAUUGUUGUUCAUUUGGCUCAUGCCUUGAAGCAAGGAGAAUAUGGUCUUGCCAGUAUUUGCAAUGGAGGAGGAGGUGCUUCUGCCAUGCUGAUUCAGAAGUUGUAGACAUCCUCUGCUAUUUAAGCAGACACCCUGUAUUCACCAGAAAGCCUGCUGAAAUCAGUGCAACUCUGUGGGGUCAGCUUAUACUGAAAAUAAGCUAUUUCAUUUUUUAUUCUUUUCUAUUUUAUUUUCUAGGAAAUAAGAAAAAUAAUCACAUCCUGAAAACUUUGGAAAUUAUAAUAAAAUUUUUCCUUUGCUUUAA